GUUUCGCGCCCCACCCCUCUCUCUCUAAGUUUCUCGUGAGUCGUGUCUGUCUGUCUUCUCUCUCUGGCUUCUCUCUCUCUAGCACGCUUUAUAAUGCCCAUCUCUCUCUCUCUCUCUCUCUCUCUCUCUCAUGGAUCGCAGGUAACGAAUUGAAGAUGGAGAAGUGAAUGACAAUCACCUUCAGAAAAAGCUCCAUCGAUCGCCUCUGCUCAUCACGACCCUCUGAUCAGCACCACCACCUCAGCUGAGAUCACCUCUUUCGUACAGGAGAGUUUUUACCAGUUUUGGCUGUAUAUUGAAGGGUAUUUGAAAUUUUAACUUGGAUUUUGGUAUAUGAUGGAUAAUAAUCUGAGGGAUGAUGUUAUGGAUCUUGAUUUGAACCAAGAACCUUUGGACCAGUCUGCUGGAUCCGUGUUAGGAUUAGAAUCUAUAUUGAAUGAAUUAGAAACAGCACAUGGUCAGAUUGAACAACGGAUCCGACAGCUUGAGGCUGUUACAGCUAGGGCUAGGCAGCGCCAGAGGUGGCGACAAGCUCGAAACCCUCCUGAAACAAGUAAUGCGUCAAUUGAAAUAAUUGGCAACACUGGUAGUGAGACUACAGUUCAGAAUAUGGAGUAUAGUGUUGCUUUGCAGGAAGGAAUUGUUGAUAGGGCUAAAAGUAGCAAAAGGGAUAGAUCCCAUUUGGUUGCAAUGGCUUUGGAAUCGGAUACGGAUGUUAAAAAGGUUGUUGGUGAUGGUGGGGGAUUUUUCGAUUGUAAUAUAUGUUUGGACAUGGCAAGAGAACCAAUUUUGACUUGUUGCGGUCACUUGUUUUGUUGGGCGUGCUUUUAUCAGUUGCCUUAUGUUUAUUCGACUGCUAAGGAAUGUCCGGUUUGCAAGGGAGAGGUAACUGAUAGGAAUAUCACUCCGAUUUAUGGCAAUGGAAAGUUCACCCACAUGUCGGACUCAGAGUCUAGCUUGAAGGUACCUCCAAGGCCCCAAGCACAUCGGAUAGAGAGUAUUAGGCAACAACGUGUUAACCGGGGCAUAUCCCACAUUCCUGUUGCUGAAGCACUUCGACGAAUUAGAAUGGGGAUUGGUGCCACUGGGGAACGGGAACGCCAACAACGACAAGAUCUUUAUGGUCUAAGCAUUGGCUCUAACAGAACCAAUAUGCCCAGUCAGGUUCCCAUCCCUGAGAUUUUGCCCCAAACUGAAUUAGGAGGCAGCCGACGCCUCCGUUCUCGUCAGUUUUCGAGAGUAUUAUCAGAAAGUGCUGAUUCACUUUUAUCCAUUUCAUCUUCAUUAAAUAAUGCGGAAAGAUUAUUUGAUGACCUUGAGUCAUAUAUUAAUAACCAUCUUUUGGAAACAAGUCAUGGGCAGGCUCUAUCAUUUGGUGGAGGGGAUACUUUUACUGGCAGUGCUUCUGUAGUACAACCAGAACACCAGACUGUAGAUUCUAGUGCUGAAAUCAAUACUGCAACACUUACUGCUUCAUCUUCUGAAAGAAUUCAUGUUUCUACUUCUGAUGUACACCUGGAAAAUCUAAGACAUGAUACAGCUACUGAAAUCAAUUUAACUGGGCCCCGUCCUUCUUCUUCGUCUUCCAGGAGAAGGAUUCGCCUUUCCAGAGUUUUAGAUGUGGACAAUGGAAUUUCUCGUGAAUCUAGGAGGAGAAGAUUGGGUUAAUGUAGUUCUUUCUGCAAUCUAGUUGUAUUGCUAAAUAUUUAAGAUUUCAUUUGUUUAAGUCAGCUUGUUCACUAAAACAUGAAAGUUGCCAUCUGCAAAUUAAAGUUAAUUUAUAAUCAUUCUGCAAAGCAUUAUUAUUGACCUUGGUCAGUUUUAUCCGUUCUCUGUUGAAUGUUGGCUGCUGAUUGUAUGGCUAGGCACAUCUGUAAGGCAUAGAGCAGAUCAUCUUAUUGGUAAGUGUUGUCAAGUCUAUUGCAAGCUUUAUAUGUUUGAAUACGUUGUGUAAGUACAUAGAAUUAUUCCUUUA